AUGGUCCUGAGAGGAGCUGAGGUAAAGAAUCAGCAGCCCCUGUGGGAGCUGACAGGGGUCACCCACACGUUCUAUCUCCCCUCCCUGGGCUUUCUCAGCCUUCCCUAAGAGAUAGCUGGCCCUGGAGCUCCACAGAGUCCCUCAGGGGGCCUGUGUGUAAACACCCUCUCCUCAGGAGUCUAACAAGAGAGGCACAGGCCCUGAGAGGCACAGUACAAGAGGACAGUAGGGUCCCAGGCUAGUGAAGGAACCAGCAAACCAUAAAGUCUUGGGGUCAGGCACAGGGCAGGAUCCACCCCCUGCCCUGGCAGGUACAGAGAGGCCCUUGGGGCUGGAGCUCUGAGGGAGCAUGGAAUGCCAGGCGGUGAGCUCAGCUCUCCAACCCUGCCCUCCUGUGUCGGGCUGUCAGCAGAGCCGUUUCUCCCAAGAAGAUUUCCAGGCCCCUCUGAGCCACCAAGAGGCCUAAAUUUAGCCAGCAGACAAGGGGCUGGCCUCGAGCCCAGGGACAGUUGGGCCUUAUAAAGCGCUGGCAGUCAGGGGCCCAGGCACGCUUCCCCUGGAGGCCUGCACCCACACAACGUUUCUCCAGCCCAGCCCCUGCCCGCCUGGACAGGGCCCCUGCUGCCUGUGAAUGAGCCAUCGGACCUCCUCCGCCUUCAGAGCGGAGAGAAGCUUCCGUUCCUCCUCUUCUUCCUCCUCCUCCUCCUCCUCCUCUUCGGCCUCCCGUGCCCUUCCAGCCCAGGACCCACCCAUGGAGAAGGCCUUGAGCAUGUUUUCAGACGAUUUCGGCAGUUUCAUGUUACCCCACUCGGAGCCCCUGGCCUUCCCAGCCCGUCCUGGGGGACAAGGAAGCAUCAAGACCCUCGGGGAUGCCUACGAGUUUACAGUGGACAUGAGAGACUUCUCUCCUGAAGACAUCAUCGUCACCACCUUCAACAACCACAUCGAGGUGCGGGCUGAGAAGCUGGCAGCCGAUGGCACCGUCAUGAACACCUUUGCUCACAAGUGCCAACUCCCAGAAGAUGUGGACCCUACCUCGGUGACCUCGGCCCUGAGAGACGACGGCAGCCUCACCAUCCGGGCGCGGCGUCACCCCCACACAGAACAUGUCCAGCAGACCUUCCGGACGGAGAUAAAAAUCUGAGGGUCUCCCUACCCCUGGCCUCCUCCCAUC